CUAGAACCGGAGAGUCGUAUCAUCAGAUGACUUUUCUGUACCCCCGUUGAACACUUUCACAAUUUAUAUUCACUUCAUUUUUCAGCCACUCAAGCCAAAACUCAUUGCUGCUGGAAGAAAUACGUUCUUUCCGCACUGCUGAAGAGGGUCCCCCACCGCUGGAAAAGCAUUCAAACAGGAAGACGAGUCUCACCUUCUAACCGCAAGCGGGUCGUAAACCGAGAAGCAAGAUUAAAUUUCGGCGCAAGAACGACCACCUGAGGCUUAGCGCAGCAAUAUGUACCAGCUGCGCGACUCUACGGGUGUAACAGACGGGCAGAAUCAAUGCCGCCGCACCAGCGCACAUGAUCGAAACAGGGCUCGUCAGGCCGGGGGGCGCACCACGGGUUACGAAGCACUGGAUCACCAGCCACAACAACCACCGACGGACUCGAAACUGAACAGGACUAACCUCGAAAUAAAUAUACGCGUUGCCGGAGGAGCGGAGGAUUCGAAGACAGGAAAGCAACUUUUCCACACGACGACUACAGCAGGGACUGCGCAGUGUGACAAUCACUCAACAUCAUUUUUUUUGUCGAGGUCAACAAGAGCCUGCAUGCGCCGUGCGCCGCGUAGUACUUUCGGAAUCAGGUCGUGUCCGUCGUCACAAGUAGAAAUAAGCCCGAUGACUGCACCAGGUCCCUCCUCCUCCUCUUCUUCGAGGAUAACGACUACGUCGGAGAACUACAACAUCUGCCGCUCCUCAUCUCGCGCGGGAGAUAGUGUCCUUUGCGAUAAAAGGGAUAGAUGCCACCACCUCAGUGCAGAACCAGAAGCCGCUACUACCCCAGCAGCACGACCUGGUGCAGACGAAACAUCGAGGAUCAGUAGCGUAGUUUUUGAGUCGGCAAGAAAUCUUACGCUUGCCGCUUUUUCUUCAACAGGAGAAGCUUUGCAUCAUAUAAUCAUGUCGACGUGGUCUACAUCCGGGCUGUGCCAGUAUGGUGAAGAGAAAAGACGAGCGCGAACCAGGGAAAAGCAGAAUGACACGGUGUUGCUCCACGAAGCUGAUACGAAUGACGGAAGAAAGCUAAGUCAGUCUGGUGGUCAUGGUCCAAGAGGACGACGAGAGGACAAAGACUGCAAGGUGUCGGUUGCAGCAUCCACUGUAGAUGUAGUUUCGUCCAGUACUACAAUGAAAAAUCCUGCUGACGGUGACGUCACAACUCCCACCGAACAGUGCCGUUCUUGCCACGAUAAGAUUUCUUUCAGACCUGGAACCGCGAGUAUAGUGGCUUUACCACCAGCUAGGCAGACUCAUGCAGAAUUAUCUUCUGCGACGACGAUAAGAGUAAGACGUGAUGAAAGAAGACGCAGGACCAGCGCGGACCAAAAGAACAAUGCGGGCACUAUCAGAAGAAGCGCCGGACCGCGUCGAAGCCGCACGAAAAUGACGGACAGCAGCUUUUUUGGCAACAAUAAGUGGCACCUAUUGCAGCAACUGCUCCUUCUAGUGCAGCACACGAUGGGAAAAUACACAACAGGUACAAGUAGAAUAGAGUUUUGUCAUGCGGACCUCUCCUGCAUCGAUCUGGUUCUGGUGCGAAAUUUAUUCCCACGUAUUACUUUCGUUUCGACGCCAUUGCACCAUGAGAUAUCACUCAAACAACACUCCAGGUUCCUUUCAACUCGGGCGGUUCGAUCCGCCGAUGGCGUACGUGUCCAAGAUGGGCUACGAUAUCGGGGAGGGAAGCUAUGCGGUCCGCUUCAAAACCAGCCGGCCGGGAGUUCUGGAAAAACCCAUCACGCUGAAGCUCGCGAUUUUCCUCGACGAGGACUGGGAAAACCACAGCCUGGACAUAUGCAUUGCAAAAGCAUCGAAGUAAGUUCUAGUAUGAAUUGCAUGACAAGUUUUCUCAAAAUCCAAAAAUGAACUUGUUUGUCAUGCUGGAGUAGCUAGAAAGUUACAUUUGUCAUGCAUAAUUGCGAUUUAUUGUUACGAGCCCGAUACUUUUGCAACGCAUAAGACAGUGCGCGCAUCAACAAGUACCCGCACGAGUACCCGCACAACUCAGAAGAGCAGGAGAACUCCAUCUGCAAGUUGAUUCCCAAAUUGGCGAUAUCCCAUGAAAAAACUGCUUUACUGUGAUGAUUUUGGAAGAUCUGCAUUACAAGUUUGUUACACUUGACAUCAGAGAAUAUUUGCCAUGCGCGCUUCCCAAGGGAAAACACGCUUGGAAAUCCAAUGUCUUGCAGGUGUAGCAAGAGAGACACUUUGGUGCUUCAUUUUCUGCAUCGCAGGGUCACAGUUUUUUCUUGCGAUAGGCGAAGUCGCACCGGGAGGUCACGGUUUCGACGGGGCUCUAUGCAUUGCAAAAGUAAUCGUACUAGUGGUAAUUCAUUGCAAUACAAAUUCGCUCAGCAUGACAAGUGGAAUUUGUAAUGCGGAUUUGCCUUGGGAACCAGAUUUGUAAUUAUGCAUGAAUGCGAUUACUACGAGUGCGAUACUUUUGCACAGGAUAGGCUCGAGCAUCUGACCAUUCCGAGUGGCAGCGUGACAAAGAUGAUCAACCAGGCUAAGACCGCGAUUUCGGACAGCAUAAAGAACCAGGUGACACAGGGUCUGGAUUUGGAAUCUAAACAAGACGACCCUGCUCCGCCCGAACUACCGGUAAGCCCGAGUGAGCAAGGCUGGUCCAUGUGGGAGAAGGGCGCGCUGAAGCAGGUGAUCCGUCCGCACGUGUGGUAUUUCGUGGUGCACAACUGCGACAGCCAAGCGGACAAAGACGGCAUGACGGACCAGACCAGCAACCCGCUUUCCCACGCAUACGUCGGGCCCAACGGCGGCGCCCCAGCGCAGACGCGGAUCAAAUUCCGGUUUCAAUUUGAAGCGAAGCAGCACGACGGAUCGCACUUUAGCAAGGAGCUGGACGGCAUGUUAUGGGUCUACUUCGCGAAAUUGAUGCUGUUUGGGGUAUACACAGUUUCUCUUUCUGUGUUUUUAUUGUUCAGUACUUAUUAGUUUAGCACUUCGCGCAUGAGAAAUUGAUCUUUUAGUGGCUGGUCAUGCUAUACAACAAAUCUUUGUCUUUCCAUUUUCUGUUCUUCUAACUGUCUCUAUCAGGUUUACGGCCUCCACUACUUCCAGCUGAUCGUGGAGUAUAAGCGAAACGCGAUGGAGGACGUGCAUCCCGUGAUUUGGAUCCUGACGUCUAUCAUCCUCACCCAGUGUGUCGCAACCGUCACUUAUUUCAUCCUAUGGAUUGCAAAUACGUCUGGGUCUGGAAGGUUACAACUUGUGAUGCUACCUCUGGACUCUACAUGAAAUCUGUAUUGCAUGAAGAGCGAAAGAGGUGUAAUUUGCGCUACGCGGAGAGGGCAUUUCUUACUCCCGUAACGCACCCCCUCCCAAGGCCGUCCGAAAAACUCCGAAAACAUUACGACAACAAUCCGAAAGCGGAGACAAAAAACAACGGGGCAGCGACUCGAAAAAGCUUCUUCACGGUUCAGAAGAUAAUCGGUCCGCCGCGACUCGGUUUGUUGGCGAAGCAACAUUAACACAAAGCGUUUCGAAGCUUUGAACUGCCGGCGUUUUGCGCAGUCCACAAAAAGCGAUCCGCGGCAGGUCUGGACCACAUGGCAGCGAAAACGCGCAAAAGUGUGGGCCGCAUACCAUCGGAGCUGUGUGUACACGCGCCAGCCCCGGGCGGAUUACGUAGGCGCCCAACGCGCAAACGCGUGGGGCAGCAGCGUGGCCAUGUGGCCGCGGCGGCACGCCGAUGGUUUUACAGGGGGAAGACGCGGGCCGUUUGGCUUUCUUUUUACUUUUCCCCAGCAUAUCAAGCAAGCCCCGACCGUUUUCGCAAUGAGGCCGAUGGGCUGAGAUGCGAACCAGGCGGGUCGUUCUGGUUUUCUCGCUUUCAGCGAACGGCGGAUGUAGGUGGGGACAAGGCGAGUCGUAUGGCUGUGAUGCUGGGAGUGCGCACACCACCACAAAAGGCGCGCGCCCCACACCAUCGGGGCUGCGUGUACACGCGCCAGCCCCGAGCUGCCCACGCAGGGAUCCAACGCGCAAAAGCGUGGCCCGCAUACCAUCGGCGCUGUGUGUACACGCGCCAGCCCCGAGCGGAUCAUGUAGGCGCCCAGCGCGCAAACGCGUGGGGCAGCAGCAUGGCAACGAGGCCGCGGCGGCACGCCGAUGGUUUUAGAGGGGGAGGAGGCGGGUCGUUAGGCUUUCUUUCUAUUUGUUUUUAUUUUUCCCCAGCAUGCCAGGCAUGCCCCGACCGUUUCCGCAAUGAUGCCGAUGGACUGAGAUGCGAACCAGGCGGGUCGUUCUGGUUUUCUCGCUUUCAGCGAACGGCGAAUCUAGGUGGGGACAAGGCGAGCCGUUUGGCCGUGGUGUUGAGAUGCGAACAAGGUGGGUCGUUCUGGUUUUCUUGCUUUCAGUUAACGCCAGGGGGCCGCUGGAUUUAGGUGCGGACAAGGCGAGCCGUUUGGCCGUGGUGCUGGGCGUGCGCACACCAUCACAAAAGGCGCGCGCGCCACACCAUCGGGGCUGCGUGUACACGCGCCGGCCCCGAGCUGCUUACGCAGGCACCCAACGCGCAAAAGCGUGCGCCGCAUACCAUCGGCGUUGUGUGUCCACGCGCCAGGCCCGGGCGGAUUACGUAGGCACCCAGCGCGCAAAGAAACGCGUGGCGCAGCAGCAUGGCAGCGAAGGAGGUCGCGGCGGCGCGCCGAUAGUUUUAGAGGGGGGCAAGGCGGGGCGUUUGGCCGUGAUGUUGGGCGUGCGCUAACAACUACCACAAAAGGCGCGGACGCCACACCAUCGGGGCGGCGUGUACACGCGCCCCCGGCCUGAUUAUGAUAUGGGGGCGCCCCCCCCGGCGCGCAAAAGUGCGAGCAGCAUAUCAAGGCGGCCCGCCGAUGGUUUUAGAGGGGGACAAGGCGCGCCGUUUGGCCAUUUUCUUUCUCCCGCCCACCAUCUCAGGCCAGCCCUGAUCUCCUUCGUUCGCAAGAAGAUCGACGGGCUUAGGCGGGAACAGGGCGAGCCGUUUGGCUUUUCUUCUUUUCUGGAAGUCGCGGGCGAUUUCAUGGUCCGCAAAGGAGUGCAUCGCGUCCGCGUCUCCGGAGUGCAGCAAAUCCGCGACUCCGCAAAGAAUCCGAAACUGCCUCCCAUUUUUUCGCUCCGAAAAUUUCGCCGCCUGCUAUGAUGAAGGCGGCCGCUUUUUUUCGCAUCUUCCCGACGCCUUUUGCGGAGUCUUUUCGGAGUCUCUUCGGAUUCUUAAAAGUUGCGUAUCGUGGGGGUUUUGGGUAGGCUGAAAAAAAGCUAUUAAAGAGGGCACACAUCAUGCAAACCCGACCAAAACAGCGAAGGCCUAGAAAAAACAUCGGACGCAGUGCCGUCGUGGGUAACAUUACCCCCGAUGGUAUUGCUGCCGCUUCCUGGGCACCCAACUUUCCCCGGUCUGGUCGCGCUGUCUCUCUCGAUCUGUAAAGGCAAAAGCCCACACAACCCGACGACGCGGCCGGCUAUCUUAUUGGUUGCGUCUCUCGAUCUGUAAAGGCAAAAGCACAGUACACAACCAAACGACGCGGCUCUCUAUCUUAUUUGUUUCAGGAUGCGCGUACUUUAUUGCUGUCAGUUGUGUUUUCAGUUAUUGUUGGGGGUUAGAGUGCCGCAGCCUUGUAGAGUUAGGCGCUAUGGUUGUUCUCAAUCUUGUGAAAGAUUCGUUUGCUGCAUACACCUCGCGAACAAGAUACACUCGAAAAAAAUAGCACAAAGGAUCCCGCAAAGGCAGUUUUGGCUGUACACUCGAAAAAAUUAGUCAUCAGCUGUAGUUGCGCAAAGAAUUGCUUGAUAUGCUGGGGAAAAGCAAAAAGAAAGCCCAGCGGCCCGCCUCUUCCCCCUCCUUGCCGCCGCGGCCUCGUUGCCAUGCUGCUGCCCCACGCGUUUGCGCGUUGGGCGCCUACGUAAUCCGCCCGGGGCUGGCGCGUGUACACACAGCGCCGAUGGUAUGCGGCCCACACUUUUGCGCGUUGGGUGCCUGCGUAAACAGCUCGGGGCCGGCGCGUGGACACGCAGCCCCGAUGGUGUGGGGCGCACGCCUUUUGUGGUGGUGUGCGCACGCCCAGCAUCACAGCCAUACGGCUCGCCUUUUCCCCACUUAAAUCCCCCGCGCGCUGAAAGCGAGAAAACCAGAACGGCCCGCCUCUUCCCCCUCUAAAACCACCGGCGUGCCGCCGCGGCCUCGUUGCCACGCUGCUGCCCCAUGCGUUUGCGCGUUGGGCGCCUACGUAAUCCGCCCGGGGAUGGCGCGUGUACACACAGCGCCGAUGGUAUGCGGCCCACAUUUUUGCGCGUUGGGUGCCUGCGUAAACAGCCCGGGGCUGGCGCGUGGACACGCAGCCCCGAUGGUAUGCGGCCCACACUUUUGCGCGUUGGGUGCCUGCGUAAACAGCUCGGGGCUGGCGCGUGGACACGCAGCCCCGAUGGUGUGGGGCGCACGCCUUUUGUGGUGGUGUGCGCACGCCCGGCAUCACAGCCAUAAGGCUCGCCUUUUCCCCACUUAAAUCCCCCGCGCGCUGAAAGCGAGAAAACCAGAACGGCCCGCCUGCUCUCGUCUAUCUGCGCCCAGUCCCUUCCUGUUUCUAUCUCGGUCGUGCCGGUUGCUUUUCUUUAUAAUUUACGACUUGCGUCCUCUCUGUUUCUUAAGUUACAGCAGCGCGUUUGUUUCUAAAGUUAUGAUCGUACUAGACUGCUACUAAAGUUAUGGUCUACGACCAUGGCAGCGACUUGCUCUCUGCGAUCUACUUGUUCGUCGACCGUGAUGGCAAAGGCGGCAGAGUCCAACGCGAUCGCAAAACGGCCACAGGGGCGGGCCGUUCGAUCAGGAGCGGGCGGAGGGUCUUCAGCUCAUUUUUGGCAAGUCCCUCCGCAGCAAUUCUCAUUCGCAGUUUCGUAAUCUCGUCGGAAUCCCUUCGGAGUUUUUUCAUUUGUGAGCAAGGGGGUGCGUUAUGGGAGUAAAUUUCUACUCAUGCGGUAUGAGCAUCAGAAAGCAAAUUCGCAAAAUCUCUGAUGCCAGGGCCUGCAUCACAGACCUCAUGGGUCAUGCAAAAUCUGCAUGACAAACCCCUGCAUUCUUCCCGACCCAGACAUGUUUGCAUUUGAUACAUCCACCUCUACGCCUAUUCCUACAACGGAUACGGUGUCAAAGCUCUCGACGUUCUUAUCCUGAGUAAAAACGUACCCACACCAUAGUUGUCAUGCAGAUUCGCAACGACAGGAACAUUUGUAAUGCGCAUCUCCAUGAGAGGCAUUUCCAAGCGCGUUUUGGAAUUUGUAAUGCUGUAAACGGGAUGAGCAGAUGGAUUUGUGAUUCGACUGCACUUUCUAAACUGCACUACAAUACGGGCUGGAAGUUGUCAUGCGUUGCUCCCAAAGCUCCUGGGUUUGUCUUGCUAAGUUCCCAACUUGACUAUGGUGUGGGUACGUUUUUACUCAGGAUAGUUCUCAACUCCGCCUUACUUGCAGUGACCCAGGUCUCCAUCCAGUCCCUGCUCAUCCUCAUCGCGCUGGGGUACACCUUGUUGCAGAAGUCUAUGGCGUUCUCAAACGUUACAUUCUCAACUGUUACAUGAUUUGUCGUGCAAAAUUACCUUGACUAUCGACGCCAUCAAGCUGCUUCGCAUGACAAAUUCUGAGACGGCCGAACAGGCUUAGAAUCUGUGCCAAAUCUGUCAUGCAAGACGCGCAAGGUCCUUCCUUUCAAUUUUGCCAUUGCUGCAUCACAAAUCCAUGUAACAGUUUAGAAUGUAACAAUUGAGAAUGCCAUAAAGUCGCUUGGGGACCUGGACAUCGUGAUUCCGGUGAUCUUUGUCAUCGUUACCGUGAACGUUUUACUGGUCGGGUUUUCGUAUGCAUGAUGGCAAAAAGUAUCGUAUUAAUACAACUUGCAAUGUUGAAAAUUUCCUGAGCAUGAAAGCAGGAAUUUGUAAUGCGGAUCACCCUUAAGAGAGUGAUUUGUAAUGCUAAUGCAUGAUUGCAAAUACUUCGAGUUCGUGUUCGAAUGGAUGCGAUAUUUUUACUUUUGCAAUGCAUAUUUCGAAGCUGAAAGACGAUGCGUCGUUCAAGUUUAUGGAGAACGAGGGCUGGAGUGGGUAUCUGAUGGUCUUUAUCCGGCUUUUACUGUACUGCUGGUUCUAUGCAUUGCAAAUAUGUUUGGGUCUGGAUUUGUCAUGCGAAUUUUGAAGGACAAGGACAACGAGAUCUGUAAUGCAUGAUUGUGAUGGGCCAGAUUUUUUGUCGUGCUGGAAGCUAGUAUGUCACGCGGAACAUCACGGUAGACUUCGCAAUAGAUACCAAGCGAAAGACUUGUGAUGCGUGAAUGCCGUACAGAACCUCGCUCUGCCUUGCAAGACUCAGCAACACAAACUCGCUGCAUCUUUCCAGACGCAGACAUAUUUGCAAUGCAUAGGUGCAUCUACGCGAUCCAACAAACCCGGCAGAGCGGGAAAAUUAGCGGGCACGGAGGAAUAUGAAUUGCAAAAGUAUCGUACUCGUAUAAAUGCAUGACAAAUUCCCUCAGCGUGAGAAAUAAAAUUUGUAAUGCGGAUUUACCUUGCUUCAGAAGAAAAGAAAACUUGUAAUGCAUAAUUGCGCUCAGUGGGAGUGCGAUACUUUAUUUGCACAGGAUAAGGAAAGGUGAACUUGUUUCUGAACAAGUUUCUGGUUGCGGGGUCUCUGUACUUUCUCUCCUACCCCUGCAUCUUCGCAGUGAGUUCCCUUUUCGCGGCGUACUUGAGGAACAAGGUGAUGACGACCUUGGGGUUCCUUUCCUUCGCGAUGUCAAUUCGCUGGCUGGAGUAUUUGUUCCUCCGGAAAUCCGAUUUUUACAAAGUCUAUCCCAUGCAAAUAUGUCUGGGUCUGGAAGAGUGCAGGAUUUGUCAUGCCGAUUUUCAAUGACCCGCGAAGCUUGUUAAAUGCAUGAGUAGCAUCACAGAUUUUUAGAGGGCUUCCCGCUGCCCAUUCCGCAUGAGAAAUGCCCUCUCCGCGUAGCACAAAGAGGACUCCUCUUGCUGGUCAUGCAAUAAAGAGUUUUAUUCUAGAAUCCAAAGACAGCAUCACAAGUUCCAACAUUCCAGACCCAGACAUAUUUGCAAUUCAUAAAGUCUCCACCCUCGGGUCUUCCUUUCUCCCCGGCGGCGUCGCGGGCUCGUUCGGGCAGACGCACAUGCCGUCAAUGCCGCCGGCGCGAACCAGCGGGAGGGACUACAACAUGAACAACCGAGGAAAUAGCAUGACGCAGUACGGCGGCGGGAGUGGGGCUGGGGGUGACGGUUACAACCAAACAAAAACAUCAAUCCACCGGUUGCCAUCCGCCCAUAUGGGAUUCUCAAUUGUUACGUUCUCAACUGUUCUUGCAUCAAUUUGUGAUGCAAGACUGGCAACAGGGAAAGGCCGGAUCUUGCAGCUCUUGCAUUACAAAUUCGGCACAGUAGAUUCCCAUGCUGUUUAGCCCUUCCAAAAUUUGUCAUGCAAGAGAGCUUCCCUGUGUGGAUUUUGAUGCUCAUUUUGCAUGACAAAUCAUGUAACAGUUGAGGAUGUAACACUUGAGAACUUCAUAGCCCACAGCCUGGUCACCGGGGUCAAGGGGGAUUAGGUACUGGAUGUGGGAAACCCAUUACGAGGCGGGUGGGUGAUGUGCAUGUGCUGCACUUGUUGAACUACAUGUUGAUCAUGAUCUUCUUCUUUCACGAGAUGGGAACAAGAAGCCGUCGCCUGAGAUAAAACGCUUUAACGUUGAAGUGGCGGUCCAGACUCAAGAUUCGCUCGAUACUGUGAUCAUACCUUCCGAAGCAGGUCCAACACAAUGAUACAACGAGGCGGCUACUGUGAGCAGCAGGCGAUCAGCAGGAGGAGGUCUUUUGUAAUUCACUUUAAUAUGCAUGAAGAUUGUUUCAUCUACAUCUUGUUUUCGCGAGCUACGACUAAAGUUCGAAGUGCGAGCAUGUCCUUUUUCUUUUCCUGUUUUAAGUUGCAGUUAGUAGUAGAAGUAAUUCAGUAAAAAACAAACAGCUAGACGAUUUCAUCUUUGGGCCGCGUCUACGCGUAACAGAAACAGUUUUUGCGUUUUCUAUCUGGCGCGCGUCAUUUUUUUCAACAAGUUUUUAUGUGCUUUGUUGUGUCGUGCCCAUGCCCGAAUAAUAAAGUGCCGCCGCCUGUAGAAGCUGGGCUGAGGCUUAAUACGAGUCGUGAUUUUUGGUCGCUCUUUUUCUUCUUUUUUUCUUUACGCCAGCACGAUCCAGCUGUUGAAUGCAGUCCUCGAAGAUAGUACUAACCAGUAAUAGGAUUAGCAGCAUAAAUUGACUUCUCAGUAGAACAAGAUGAGAGACGAGCGACUAGAUGAGGAAUGGUUGUCUUUUCAAAUUAGUUUUCGGGGAAUAAGUAAUCAAUCUUCAGAUAAGCUUGCAGUUGAAUUUUUGAAAACAAAUGAACAUUGUGACCCUGACAACUGAGAUGUUUUCUUGGGAUGAGCUACAGCCUCCUCUAGUUCUACCGAUGUCAGUACGACGAGAUGAACUUCAACUUCAUCAAAGAAGUCGGAAAAUCCACAAGAAAAGUGUUAUCUUUCGC